AUGGCUUUCCAGUACGAUCCCAACCAGCAAGCCCAGUUCCAACAACAGGAGAACAAUGGCAAUGGCAUGCAACAGCAAGGCCCUCCGCCUCCUCAGGGACUUGCCCAGCAGCCUCAACAACCUCUGCAGCAGCAGCAACCAGGCCAGGAAGGCGGUUCUCCUGCUCCUUUCGCACAACAGGGCGGAGUUGAAGGCUCUGGUGGUAGCGCCGCUGGUGAUGCGAAGACCACUCUUUGGAUGGGUGAGCUUGAGCCAUGGAUUGAUGAGAACUUCAUUCGCUCCGUUUGGUUUGGUAUGGGCGAGUCCGUCAACGUCAAGAUGAUUCGCGACAAGUUUUCCGGCAAUGCUGGUUAUUGUUUCAUCGAUUUCGCUACUCCAGCUGCCGCUGCGAAGGCCCUCUCCUUGAAUGGAUCUAUGAUUCCCAACACCUCCCGCCCUUUCAAGCUUAACUGGGCUUCCGGUGGUGGACUUGCCGAUAGGCGCGACGACCGUGGUCCCGAAUACUCGAUCUUCGUUGGCGAUCUUGGCCCAGAGGUCAAUGAGUACGUCUUGGUCUCGCUCUUCCAAGGCCGCUUCCCAUCCUGCAAGUCAGCCAAGAUCAUGACCGACCCCAUCUCUGGCAUGUCCCGUGGUUAUGGAUUCGUCCGUUUCGCCGAUGAGCAAGAUCAGCAACGUGCCCUUACUGAGAUGCAAGGUGUUUACUGCGGCAAUCGACCCAUGAGAAUCUCUACUGCUACCCCCAAGAACAAGUCCGGUGGCGCUGGCCCUGCUGGUAUGCCAAUGCAAGGUGGUAUGGGCCCUGGUGCGGCUGCGGGUGCUGGAAUGGGUGGCCCAGGAAUGUACUCUAUGGGUGCACCUCCUCCAAUCAACUACUACGGUGCUGCCCAGCCAAUGAAUCAGUUCACCGACCCCAACAACACCACCGUCUUCGUUGGAGGCCUCUCUGGCUAUGUUACUGAGGAUGAGCUCCGCUCCUUCUUCCAGGGCUUCGGCGAGAUCACCUAUGUCAAGAUCCCCCCCGGAAAGGGCUGUGGCUUCGUUCAAUUUGUCCAGCGUCACGCAGCUGAGAUGGCUAUCAACCAGAUGCAGGGCUACCCUAUUGGCAACUCCCGUGUCCGUCUGUCUUGGGGCCGCUCUCAGAACAACUCCGGCCCAGCUGGCACUCCAUACCGCCCAGCUCCUCCCCCACCCCAAUACCAAUCUAUGGGCAUGCCUUCCACGCAUGGCUAUGGAAACUUCCAGCCAUUGCAGUAA